AUGAGUUUGAGAUCAUCCAAAGGCUUUGCCUUUUUUGGGCACUUUUUGGUGGUUUGGGUGGUGUUUAUGGCGACCUUUGUGUGUAUGAGUGGUGGUAAGUGUAAUUUUGAGGGUAUCUUCAACUUUGGGGACUCAAACUCCGAUACGGGAGGUUUUUUCGCAGCUUUUCCACCACUGAAGCCACCCUAUGGCAUGACUUACUUCAAGAAACCUGCCGGCCGACUUAGUGAUGGGAGGCUAGUUAUCGAUUUCUUGGGUAAUCUCAAAUCUGAAGCUUUAGGGUUGUCCUUUCUAAGUUCAUAUCUGCAAACAAUUGGGUCUUACUACAGGCAUGGGGCCAACUUUGCGACAGCAGCAUCCACAGUUCUCCUACCAAACACAUCUCUAUUUGUUACUGGGAUCAGUCCUUUUUCUCUUGCCAUUCAACUCAGCCAAAUGAAGCAAUUCAAGGGCCAAGUUGAGGAAUAUUAUAAAGGCACAAAAGGUGCAACUUUUUUUUUAAAUGAUCCGCCGUUGAAUUCAAUUAAUCGAGCUUACCCGGAUUAUUCUGAGCUUCGGCAAUAG